UUGGGGGCGUCUCCGUGUGGUGGGGACACCCGACUUAAGCCAAGAUGUAUUAGCCGAAAUUUAGUCCAAUAAACGCGAUGUACUCCUUGCAACAGUUCGACUCUUGCUACUGCGACCAGUACAACCCCCUAGUGGCCCAGCGCCUUUUCAACCCCUAUUUUCCCCAUCUGUGGUUCCCGUUGCCGGUCAAGUUGCAACAACCGCGUCCCGAGAAGCCCCCUUAUUCCUACAUCGCCCUCAUCGCCAUGGCUAUCAGUUCAGCCCCCAAGGAGAGGCUCACUUUGAGUGGAAUCUACAGGUUUAUCAUGGAUCAUUUUCCCUACUACAGAGAGAAUAAGCAAGGAUGGCAGAACUCCAUCAGGCAUAAUUUGAGUUUGAAUGACUGUUUUGUUAAAGUGCCGAGGGAUAAAGUGUCGCCGGGGGGGCCCGAGCAAGCUGGGGGGAAGGGCAGUUACUGGAUGUUGGACCCGAAAGCCGCGAAUAUGUUCGAAAAGGGGAAUUACAGGAGGAGGAAGACGAGGAGGCAGAGGAUUGCGGAUUGCACGGCGAGUUUGUACCAGGAACAGGCCCUCAGUUUGGUGACGAGGCCGCCGGAGACGACGACACAAGAAGGCCGAGACUCCGAGGCGCAGAGAAAAAGCAAGAAUUCCACUCUAUUUACCAUCGAYAAUUUAAUUAAAAGUAACAGCUCGAGUCAUAAAACUGAUUAAAUAAAUACGAGCCAUCCGGAGGUCUUUGAUGUUACCACGUUUUUUGUGAUUUAAAUUAUUUGUAUUAGUUUUGAGGAUUUCUCAACAAAUAAAGGUG